AACGUCAUUGGCGGAUGUGCGAUCACGUGGCCAACACUACCUGUUGAUCUCCGGCCAACUUCGACUUGCUAGUUAGGAAUAGACAGAAAACACAGGUGUCCACACAGGAAGUUAAGUUUCCUCGAGUUCUAUCGAAUUACCUUCACGGUGGAGUGUUUUUGUGUGUUUUUAGCGGGGACAUAUUUGUGUUCUUGUUUUGUUUUCCUCACGAGCGUGUGGACUUCGACCUCGGAGCGGCACCUGUCUCAAACAAGGAAGUCUGGUCAUGUUCAGAGUGUCGCUGGUUCGAUCUACAGCUAAAGCGGCCAUUGGGGAGAAUUGAAACGCGCUUUUAUUCUCCAUGUUGAUCCAAUAACGCGGGCUUGUGACAAUCCUUUGGCUGUUUGGUGACAUCUAAGCAGGAUAAAGCUGCUUCCCCCUGAUGCCAGGACAAGGUGAGCUGCUUGUUGACAAUGAAUACAACCCUUGAGAUGGAUCCUUCUAAUGAAAACGUCUCCAUGGUCCACCUGGACGCGCCGAUUUUCCCUGAAAGGUCCGCCAUGUCCAACCUGACGAUCAUCCAGACCAGCAACGGCUCCCUGAUCGAGAGCGACGGCAUGUUCCUGAACACCGCAGCGGCCCAGGCCCUGUCCGGGAUCUUCGUGUGGUCCGCCCUGCUCAUCACAUGCCACCAGAUCUAUACACACCUUCGAUCCUACACGGUUCCUAAUGAGCAGCGCUACAUCAUUCGCAUCCUCUUCAUUGUGCCGGUUUAUGCCUUUGACUCGUGGCUCAGCCUCCUUUUCAUCAGCAACGACCAGUACUACGUCUACUUCGACUCCGUUCGGGACUGCUACGAAGCGUUUGUCAUUUACAAUUUCCUGAGCCUGUCCUUUGAGUACCUCGGAGGGGAAAGCGGAAUCAUGUCAGAGAUCCGAGGGAAACCCAUAGAGUCCAGUUGUCUGUACGGGACGUGUUGUCUCGUUGGAAUGAGCUACUCCAUCGGCUUCUUAAGAUUCUGCAAACAGGCAACUCUCCAGUUCUGCGUUGUCAAACCCAUCAUGGCAGUCAUCACCAUCAUCCUGCAGGCCUUUGGCAAAUAUCACGACGGAGAUUUUAAUGUAAAUGGAGGAUACCUGUACAUCACAAUCAUCUACAACUUCUCCGUCAGUCUGGCCCUCUACGCUCUCUUCCUCUUCUUUUUUGCCACAAGCGACCUGCUGAGACCGUAUGAACCGGUGCUCAAGUUCCUCACCAUCAAAUCUGUCAUCUUCUUAUCCUUCUGGCAAGGAAUGGUCCUCGCCAUCCUGGAGCGCUGCAGCGUCAUUCCCAACGCGCUGUUCAUCGACGGGCACGAGGUGGGCGCCGGCACGGUGGCGGCGGGCUGGCAGAACUUCAUCAUCUGCAUAGAAAUGUUCUUUGCGGCCAUCGCCCUCAGAUACGCCUUCACCUGCACCGUCUACCAGGAGAAGAAGAACGAUGUGCCAGAGAGCAUCCCCCCGAUGCAGAGCAUCUCCAGCGGCCUGAAGGAGACCAUCAACCCCGGAGACAUGGUGCAGGACGCCAUCCACAACUUCUCACCUGCCUAUCAGCAGUACACCCAGCAAUCCACGCAAGACGUCACCCAGCAGCACGGCACCAACGGGAAAGUCUCCACGGGCACCAAGGGCUCCCGCAAGUCAGACAAAAUCAUGCUGAUUACAUCUGAUGAUGAGCUCUAGGCCAUUUUCCAUCAACAUCCAAGUGUCUGUGCCCUUCCCGCUCUUAUCUUUGACCCCCCCAUCCGAGGAAACCGCAUAUCUCACAAGCUGGAUUGAACCCAGGUGUUUAAUUUUCAUCGUCUUAGUAUUUAAGGUGGACCGCCCGGUUCUGUCCGGCUUCAAAGGUAAUUUAAGAACCAAGAGAAGGAUGAAGUUUAACAGAUUCAGAAUCGGCGGCGAUCUGAUCCGUCUCCGUCUUGCAGCGAUAAUCAGGAAAAUGACAUGUCGCCUCCACUUCAUCAAACGGCUCCGGAGCGUCGGCGUUUCCUUUAAAUCAAGCUGUCGGAUGUACAGCUGCGCCCCGCGUGCCGGUCCCGUCAUCGUCUCGAUGGCACUGCCGCUCAGAGGCCGUCCGGCGAGUUGAAUCGCUUCAAAGAGCGGCGUGGAACGUUUCUCGCCAUUCCUUUUGUCUGGUAUUAACGGAGCUCCUCCCUGCGUGGACAGACAGAUAUUAGAUCUGGAGCAGGUACUUCAAACUGCAAGAGAUGCUCCACCAUCAUUUGGAUAAACUUCUCUCAUCAGACUCGAUGUGGACAGAUGCUCGUCAUUAGAGUUUGACAGCUUUUGCACUGUUUUGACUGCAGCUGCCGACGCCGUCAACCACAUGUCAACGCCGAUUAAAGGAGGAGGAAAUAUGUGCGAAAUUUGAUUAGUGUCAAUUGUGCCGUUUUACUUGUGUAAAUAAUGUUUUGGCUUAUCAAGCGUUUUAAUCUUGUCGUAUUUAUUUCUUUAACUCCAGAGAGACUCAAUUUGAAGUGUUGAUAUAAGUCAAUCAAAACUUGAAGCUUUCUUCAUUUUUUUUUUUUUUUUGUAACCCUCUUUUGCCAACUUUAGCUGUGUUUUGUCAGAAUUCACCCGUGUAUUCAUUGUUUUUUGUGCAAAAUAAAAUUCAGUUGUGACAAACAUUUUUGAAGGGAACAAAAA